CCAGAGACUGCAACACACCAAACAGACCUUUCAGAAAUCUCAAAUCAAGUGGAGCUUUUUCUAAUCAGCUCAAGAGGCAAGCGGUCUUUCUCAACUCUCUCUCCGCUUAAAUGUUAAGCGCCAACAACCGAGCGCCGAGAGAAGGGAGAAGUUAGCACGCCAGACGCCACUCGACGCCAGCAGCCGGCCCCGGCCGCCAGUUUACUAGUAUAUUUUGAGUAGAGAGGUAUGGUUAGUCCUCUAACCGGCUUCUGCAAACAUCGCGCGGUAGGUCUCUUCAAACGUCAAACUUAAGAUUUAAACAACUAGACAGACGAAUGGACUCAAACGAAUAGUGCUUGUUCAAUAAAUUACUAAUAUAAAGUUUUGAUUUUAAAUAAUUAAUCGUUUAUAAAAAGUGAACGGUUUCAUAAUAGACUUGUUUAAAUUUCGCUGGCGCCUUACAGAAUUGAAAAUAAACAUUCGGAAAGUUUGGUAAUAAUUCUGGAACCGUGUGAUUAGCGGAUUGAAUUAGAGAGACCUACACUCAAAAUGACUUUGGCGAUUUGCGUUUAUUAUUUGGUUUGGUAUUGUUUGUCUUUCUUCAGUGGAUUAGUUUCGGCUGAAGAAGUUGUUAGUGUAAAUAAACCGAUAGUGAAAUCUGCGAAACCUUGGCAUUUUUCUUCAGAAUAUGUGCGAUGUUUUUGCAACUUACCAUCCUGCGUAAUGACCGGCUACAUGUGCAAAUCUAGUGGAGGAGGAUGUUUUUCUGAUGUUGCAUUCCAAACAAACAACGAUAAGGGUCGUCAUGGAUGUUUAGAAUUACUAGAGAAAAAAUACAAAUGCCACGGAAAAUCAGGAGCGCAUGAAAGAACAACUUUUAGAAGAAUAGAAAAUACAAAAUCACAUUUAAUGUGCUGCCAUCAUGACAUGUGUAAUCAUAUAGAAAGUCCCCAAACCAAAAAUCUUAUUAAUAGUACUUUAUUAGAUGAUUCUGUAGAAGAAACGGACAGCAGAUACCAACAAAAGCAGGAAACUUUUCUGUACUCGGAUUCAGAAGUAUGGUUUAGAGCAGCCACAAUUGCUGUUCCUAUAUGCGGAGCUGUAAUUCUUUUUGUACUCAUAGCGUUAGCUGUCAAAAUAUUAAAGAGCGAACACCAGAAUUCUGCUAUUAACAAACUGGGACCAACAUUGUACAUCCAACCGAUUUCCAGUCACAAAAAUUCCAAAGAAAAACACAACCAGGAUAAUUUUCACAGAACAUACGACAACCUUCUUCGUAAAGACUACAUAAUUUCACCGCACAACAACUUUUACUGUAACCACUCAGGGGAUUAUCAGCCGCAGUUCCAUGAACCACUCAUUCAAUGUGAAUCCAGUACUAGCGGCGAGGAGAAAAAAUCAAAUCACGCAAGAUAUAAUCUCAUCAACUAUGAAGAAUCCGGAAAAUCUAUUAUUUUGGAAAUAGAAAAGGAGAAACCGCCUUGUUCUCAAGUUAACGAUUCGAACAAUAGCAAAUAUGCAGAUAAUGUAAAUAAGUUUUGUGUUGAAAAAACUUUUUUAUCAUAAACAAGUCGAAAUGUCUUCCCAUAGACUGAACAUUUUUAAAGUUAUUGUACUUAUUAAUAUUUUUAUAUGAAUUGAGAGGGAAGAUGACAGAUUUAAUGGAUUAUGUGUCUAGAAAUAAAAAAUAUUCAAGUUUAUAUAAAACAAGCUACUUCCGAGAUUUGAGAAUACAAUAUUUCAUCACAACACAUCUUCCAUUUAAUUCUAGGCUGUGAAUUAAGAUCCAUUAACUGUUAAUUAUUUACCAUAUAGUUAUUGGUAGGUAAUAAGAUAUAUUAGUGCGGCGAAUUUUCUGUUCUACUGAUAGUUAAAUUCUACCAAAAACAAACCAUUCUGUCAUUGAAUUUGACAUACGUUUUUUAGUUUGUUUAAAUAAUAGAGAGAUAUUGCAAAUUUCUGUAACGCCAGCCACUAUAAAUUCCAUGCUAAAAUCAGGCUUAUUGCAAACCUGAAAUUUUGACGUUAGAAUCAUUGUCCUUAUACUUAUUUCUAAUCUCAUUUCAAUAACUUUAAAUUAUAGUUCCUUUUUUGUUAUCUAUAAUAAUAUUGAAGAGGCAUUAGAAAUUAUAAUUUUAUAUUAAAUAUUUAAUAUUAAAAAACUUCGAAUGGAUACGAAUGUCGGCGAGCGCACUCGAAAGCUUUAAAGCAGGGGCGUGCGAUCCAUGGAAGCGGGGAAAGCACCGCUUCCCUACACUUUGAGAUUUAAAAAUUAUUUUUUUUCAGUUUACAAUGCAUAGAAAUUAAUAUUAAAUUAGGUACUAUAUUUUCUCUGAAACAUUACGUAAACUUCGUAAAUGUACUAACAAUUCAUUGGUGUAAUGUGUAAACGCACGCACUCAUGAGAAAAUUAAUUGGCGGAAGCGCGUCUUGAAAAAGCCGGCUCGUCUUCCAAUUGAUUUCGCUUCGUGUUAUUGACCCUUUGCUUUGCUGCGACAGUAGUCAGUCUAUUUGGAUACAUAAAAUACGGUCGAGAGGCAGCGAUUUUUACGUCGCCUUACGCAUAUUACAAUUCGCACCGCGAAUCGACGUGGGAGGAAAAUCGUAGACUUCAGAUAGAUUUCGGUUUGUUUUUCGUAGUUGUUUUUCUUUUUGCAAAAUGGAGGAACUAUGCACUGUGCCUGUGAGCAAUAAUAAUGUGGUAAAUUGUGUCUGUAUUGUGUGGGCAUUUAGGAAGCCUUCAAGCUAAAGUGAAAGAGAAGUUUAAACAUGCAAUUUUCGUUCACUAUAUAGCACAUAGACUUAAUUUGGUUUUAUCGCGAAGCAUGGAUAGAUAAUAUUAAGGAUUGCAAAGUUUUCUUUUCGACGCUUAGUGGUUUGGCUUCCUUCUUUUCAAAGUCAUCGAAAAGAACUCGCGCUUUGGGCAUUCACGUUUAAAAUAGGUUUCCAAUAGUUGCUCCGACGCGAUGGAACUACAAUGGACGUUUAGUGCAAACAGUGUUUCAAUACCGUGAUUCUUUGAUACACUUUUUUCAAGACGUUUGGGAUAAUAAUGAAACAUGGGAUGCUGAAACUGUUACUGCCGCUAAAGGGUAUUUGCAUUGGCUCAAACAAAACUUUGAUUUCAAUUUUUUGCUCAACAUUUUUGCAGAGAUUUUCCCUUUUACUGACAUUUUAUUCGACAUUUUACAAAGUCAAAUGACAUUGGCUUUUGCAAUAAACAAAUUGAUGAUUUAAAAAUAAAAUUAAUAAAAAACGAGAUCAGUUUAAACACUUUUGGAAUAAGACUCAAAACAUUGGCCUUAGAACCUGAAAGAAAGAGAAUUAGAAUUGAUAAUGUCGGCGACAGAGAGACCUCCUAUCGUCGAUUAUACGCCGACAUUUUUGAUAAUAUUUUACAACAAAUGAACUCUCUAUUUCAAAACUUUAACGAAUUAAAAUUUGUUGAAUUGUGCAAUUUUAAUUAGUAACUACGAUUCAUCAAAAUUUCCAUCGGAAGCUUUUAAUUCACUAAAAUUAAAUUAUGGAAAUGUUUUCGAUAUUCCAGCAUUAAAGUCCCAGUUAAGUGUUGUUUAUGAAACAACUGAAAUUAGUGAUAAAAAGACGCCCAUCAAUGUGUUAAAUUUUCUUAUAACAACUGGUUUAAAUAAGUCCCUUUGUGAAGUCGUCAAGUUGUGUGAAUUAGUACUAACCAUCCCAGCCACAAGUGCGUCAGUUGAGCGAAGUUUUUCAGCUUUAAAGCGCAUUAAAAGUUUUAUACGAAAUUCAACAAGUGAAAACAGACUCUCUAAUUUAGCCCUAAUAUCCAUUGAAAAACAGCU